ACAGAUUAAAAGGCAAAGAUAUUUCAGAUAGCUCUAUUAGGACGUCUGCUGCUGGAGACUAAAGGAAGGGAGGAGCAUUUCAUGUUAUCGUGUCUAGAAUAGGAGAGUGUUUUGUUUAGUUUUUUAAGGAAUCAGCACAUUUGGCUCAAUUUUCGGUUGUUAAAUAGUUUUUAGAAAUCCUCCACUCAGUGGUGCUAACUCUUUCUGUGGAGGCUGGGAGGAGGAGGAGGAGGAGGAGGAGGAGGAGGACGGGUUGGGGAGGGGGGACUGACGGCAGAUGCCUUUGCAGCAGAGGAGGACCAAGGAGGAUGUUGUGCGUGUGUGUGCGUGGUGUUGCGGGACAAAAUGCGGACAGAGAGGACUGUGCUUGAACACAGACUUGGCGACGUUUUAAACUGCAGGAUGUCGUGGAUGUGUAGCGACGGGCUGUGAGCAAAACACGACAACAAUCUACAUAGCAGUGCCGAGAGGACAUUUCCAACUAGUUUACAUAAGAUGGAUGGGAUGGUUUGGAUGGUGCACUCGUGCAAGACUGCCUCACUUCUGCAGAAGAUGUAGUUUCUGGGCUGCUGUACCACUCUCUGCCUGAUUGACACAUAUUCUGUUGAGAUUCAUCACACAGCAUUUGGUAACGAUGGAAAUUGGAAUUGUUCUGCCCUGUCUGGAUCAAUUCAUGCUGAGCCCACUUGUCACUUGGGUGAGGACAUUUGUGCCACAUGAUGGGGGCAUGCACUUGGACUUCUCUGAAUUACUGGAUGGAGUCUUUCUGAAUGACAUAAUGACACAAAUAAAUCCCUCAGCUACACCUCAGGGUGCAAACAAAGUGAGCAGGGAUCCAAGUCAUAGGAUCCAGAACCUGAACUUCCUUGUCCAGCAAAUCAAAGCGUACUAUCUGGAUAAUCUGAGACAAUUAAUCAUGAUUCCUUUGCCAAACGUGUUGCUGCUUGGCAGGACUCCUUACUGUGAGCAAAGUCUGGAGGAAAUGAAGAAGCUUUUGCUGCUGCUGUUGGGAUGUGCAGUCCAGUGUGAGAAAAAAGAGGAGUACAUCGAGAGGAUCCAGACGCUUGACUUUGACACAAAAGCUGCCAUAGCUGCACAUAUUCAGGAGUUGACCCUCAGUCAGGAGAACGUGCUGGAUCUGCAGUGGUUGGAGUCCAGCGAGGUGCACCCAGAGGAGCUCGAGGCCGUAGCGAGGAACAUGGCCACGCACCUCCGACAUGUGCUGGACCAGAGAGACACCCAUUUAGAGACUAUAGCCGAGCUAAUGCAGGAAAAGGAAGGUGUGGUUAGCUUGCUCAAUAGCCCCUCCAGCCCGAUGUCCGGCAGCUACUCUCCCAGCAUGCAACAGCAGACGGGGACUCAGCAACACCUGGCAGUGGAGCUGGCUGACUCUAAGGCCAAGAUCAGACGACUUAGACAAGAACUAGAGGAGAAGAGUGAGCAGAUGCUGGACUGCAGACAUGAGCUGGAGAACAUGGAGGCUGAGCUGAAGAGGAUCCAGCAGGAGAACUCCCAGCUGCUUGUAGACGCACGCGCAGCCCGCACCUACCGGGACGAGCUGGACGCCCUGAGAGAGCGAGCAAUAAAGGCAGACAAGCUGGAGAGUGAAGUGGGACGCUACAGGGAGCAACUACACAAGAUGGAGUUCUACAAGGCCAAAGUGGAGGAGCUAAAGGAGGAUAACAGGGUUCUACAGGAGACCAAAGAGGUGUUGGAGGAUCAGCUGGCAGGCUGGAGGGCCCGCUCUGAUAAAAUCCACCAGCUGGAGAAGCACAGUCUGUUGCUGAAGGCCCGGGUCCAUGACAUGGAACAGGAGAGGGAGGCAGAUCAGAGGCGCACUGAAGAGCUGCAGGAGGAGAACCUGGCUCUGUGUUUGGCUCAAAGGAGGAGCAUGGAGGAGUCCCAGCACCUGGGCUGGGAGUUAGAGCAGCUCUCCAAGACCACUGAGAACUCUCAGGGCCAGCAGACUCUGAGCGAGGAGGUGAGUGAGAGGACCCGCAGUCGGAUGCUAAAGCUGGAGAAGGAGAACCAAAGUCUCUUAAGGACCAUAGAGGAACUCAGAGCUGCCUCUAUUAACAACAGCACGCAACCCAAACAUGGCCACCACCUCGAGUGUGACCGUGUCCGCCAGGUGGUCUGUAGCACCAACAACUGUACCUCAUCAACAGAUGAACCCGCUGGGUUGCAAACCACCUGCUCCAAUAUAGAAAACCGCACUAAUGUAUUCCCACUCAGCGCACUAACACAGCAGAUGCUGAAUGGAUAUUCAAACUGCCAUCAGCCACUUCACGCAGACAAUCUGGAUGGAGUCCAGAGUGAGAUCCUCCUCACAGAUAAUCCAGACCUUCAUAUCCAGGAGAAAGGACAGCUAGAGGAUGGAAGCAGUGGAGACCGUUUCAAAGAACUGAUGUCUGAUCUGGAAGCCUUAGAAAACAGUCACAAUAGGCUCCGUUGUUUUGUUGGAUCACGUGAUCGCUCCCCUGGCUCGAAGGGCAGCAGUCCCUGCCACGACAGCAUCCUCACAGGUCUGCCAACACGUUCCUCCUACGCCAGCAAGCACACACAGCGGCUGGAGGCCAAGUGCAGAGCCCUGGACACAGUUAACCAGCAUCUACAGACUUCCCUGGAUAACACUGACCGGAGAGUUCAGCGCCUGGAGGCGGAGGUUCAGGAGCUGGAGGCAGAGAACCAGAGUCUGCAGGCCACUUUAGAGGAACUUCGGAUCUCUGCUCGGCGCCUGGAGCAACUGGAAACGGAGAAGCAAAGCCUGGAGCAAGAAACCACAGUCCUGGAGAGGGAAAAGAGGCAGCUAGAGAAAGAGAAUCGACGACUCCGCCAGCAGGCUGAAAUCCAGGAAGCCAAUUUAGACAGCAGCAAUGUCUGUAUGGCCAGCCUGGAAAGGGAGAUGCGGUUUCUAGUAAAGGAGGUGGAGGGGUUAAGGGAGACUGCUGAGAGGGUCAAAGGCCUGGAGAGAGACAACAGAGAACUGACCAAGCAAGCUGCUAUCGACCAGAGGACCCUGGCCACCCUCAGAGAGGAGCUGGUAAGCGAGAAGCUGAAGACCCAGCAGAGAGACAAUGAACUGGAGAGGCUGGCCCAUGAGUUGGAAAUGAAGGUCCUGAACCAGGAGAGUGCACAGCAGGCUGAACAAGAGGCACCAGACAACAGCAGGUUCAAGAUGCUGGAGUCACAAUUGGAGUCGUCUCUGAAAAAAUCUCUUCAGAUUAAAGAGGACAAGAUGGCAGCUUUGGCAGCUCGUCUACAGGAAUCCUCCACCUUGAGCCAGCAACUGCGCCAGGAGCUCAAGACUGUGAAGCUGAGCUAUGAGGCCUUGCAACAGAGGCAGGAGGAAGAGUGGACAGCAUCAAGUUCUACCCCACCCAGAGAGACUGGCAAGGCGAUGAGCGAAUGGCUGCGUGGAAGCCAAGAGGCCACCAAGGAACUGCUGAAGCUCAAAGACCGUCUCAUUGAAGUGGAGAGGAAUAAUGCGACACUUGAGGCAGAGCGCCAGGCUAUGCAGGCCCAACUGAAGCAGCUGGAGAGUCAGUGUGACAGUCAGCAGGCUCAGAUCCUCGCCCUGCAGAGGCAGGCUGCCUCGCUACAGGAGAACAACACAACCCUGCAGGCACACAACGCUAACCUGCAGGUGGAAAAAUCCACUCUGAACUCACAGAGUGCUUCCCUCAUGGCCCAGAAUGCUCAGCUGCAGCAGCAGCAGUCAGGGACAGAAAGCGAGCGGGACAGUGCCAUGCGGGAACGCGAAGAGCUGCGCGGUGUUCACGAGCAGCUGCUGCGAGAUCACGAGCGGCUAGCGGCUCUGCAUGAGCGGCAAGCCAUGGAGUACGAGGCCCUAAUGGGCAAGCAUGGCUGUGUGAAAAACGCCCAUCGCACACUGGAGCUGGAGCAUCGCACACUGCAGGACAGGUACAAUAUCCUGUUGCAGCAGCGGACCAAGCUAGAAGACCUGGAGAAAGCCCUGAAGGAGGAGCAGAUGAGGAUGGCUCUGGAGAAAGAACAGCACAGGACCACUGCUGCCGAGUGCUACCGGCUCCGUGACGAGAAGGACUGGCUGAACAAGACAUACCGUCAGCUUCUUAACGACAACGAGAUGCUGACAGCAGAUCACAAGCAGCUCAAGAGCCAACUGAAUGAGGCCAAGCUGGAGCACACCUGGCGGGAGGCCGACUUUUCCAAACUCAAGAAGGAGUUUCAGCAGCUGGAUAUCACCUCCACAAAGCUCACCAACCAGUGUGAGCUGCUGGGCCAGUUGAAGGGCAACCUGGAGGAAGAAAAUCGCCACCUGCUCGGCCAGAUCGAGACCCUGAUGCUACAGAACCGAACUCUGCUGGAGCAGACUAUGGAGAGCAAGGAUCUGUUUCACGUUGAAGAGCGACAGUAUAUUGACAAACUUAAUGAUUUGAGGAGGCAGAAGGAGAAGCUGGAGGAAAAAAUAAUGGACCAGUACAAGUUUUAUGAGCCAUCACCUCCUCGCAGACGUGGAAACUGGAUCACUCUGAAACUGAAGAAGUUGAUUAAAUCCAACAGCCGUGAGCACGGACCCGACUGCCCACCCACACCCACACACUCGGGCGUCGCUGAGCCACACCUCCCCUGUCACGACAACAGCUCCUUCAUCAGCUCAGAUGGCUCUGGAGGCUCAGCCUCCACCUCCGCAGGUGACGCCAUCUCACCCCAACGUCACGGCACCACCAAAAUGUUUCCCCGUAUGAGGAACAGGCUGAAGGACAGAGACAAAGUCAAGUCCCUCUUCCGUCGUUCCAUGUCCCUGAGCAGCUUGGCGUACCCCUCGACCCUGUUCGAGGAGGAGCGGUGGGCAGAAAGCUCAGAGCGGCUGGAAGGGUCAGAGGCUGAUGUUGAGGAGGACAGGAAGAACGCAUUGUCCUCAUCCCUUACCACAUCCAUCUUGUCCAUCAUCCACCUUAAUCUUCCCACCACUCUACCAUCUGGCCACGUCAUCACCACAACCACUGACACAACCGACACUGUUCCAGAUGUUUCUGAGCUCUGGGUGACAGACAAGGAUUCAAAUGAUAGCGCUGUGCCAUCUGGAUUUGAGGACAACGACGAGCUGCAAAAUCACGGGCUGAAUGGCGUCCAGAGUCGAGCUCAAAGUGAGAGCAGCGGUGAGUUCAGCAUGAGCCUGGAAAAUGAGCCAUGGUCAAAUGGCAGCAGCCCUGUCCAGCAGCCUCCAUCACGCCGCUCCUCCUCCUCCUUCCAGCCCCCCAGUGAUACCUCCACACCCCAACACACACAGAAGCAGCAGCACAAGGAGAGAGCCUCUACCCUGCCCAUCGCCAACAGCCAGAAUUCAGAUAUCCAGUCUAUGCCAAAACAGAAGAAUUCUGGGCUCUCCCAGGACUUCUGGCUCACAAGGGGUACAAAGAGCAUUCGAAGGGGGUCAAGAGGGAAAGUGACGCGUCGCUCCUCGGAUUCAGCGGGCACAGUCAAAGUGAUCCCAGGGCUCAACAGGAUGAAUUCAAAAACGACGAGCUCUAGCAAAGCUGAAACUACCCAAGUUUUAGCUUGUUCACCUAUCACAGUGCUGUAUGUUCAGGGCAAGUCAUCCUCAAUGUCUGGCUGCCUCAACUGUUUCUCCACCCCUUUGGGGAAAGAGGGGCGACUGAAAGGGAUCAAGUCGCCAGAAAGGCUCCCCCGAGCCAGCAGCGUCAUUUCCACAGCAGAGGGAUCGUCCCGACGCUCCAGUGUAAACAGUGACUGCAGGGCGACAGUCAAGACUGACCCGCUCUCUGUCCAGGUUUCAGAAGAGGGCAGUAAUCAGGAGGAAGCAAUGAGUCAACCUGACCCAGAGACUAAUAACAGUGAGCCUGAGCCCAUUCCUCCAGUCAAACCUCCCAGAGACCCAACAGUUGUUGUUCCCACAGACGGCCCCAAAUCCCCAGUGCAGGAGUCCCUUUUCGGCUCCUCGUUCACUUUCAACUCUGUCUUCUCAAACACGAUCUUCAGUGAUUCUGUGGUCACGACCAUGACCAGUCUGGAUGCCCUUGACAACAACCAGACCUUCCUCUGUCUGAAUUCCUCUCUGGUGCAAAACUGUCAGCUAGAGAGCCAGGAGUCCACUCCUAACACACCACAAACACUGCUCAACGCAGAGAAUGAGCAGAAUCAAAAUGCAGAACAUGCAGUUGGGUUGGAGGAGAAGGACAAGCCCCUCACAAUUGCAUGAAAGCAGCUGCCACAUCAUUGGAUAUUGUGUUAUUCAAAUAAAGCAGGUAGCUGCGAGGCCACUUUUCAUCACAUCAACCGAAGCACAGAGUUUAAGUCACUGUAAUUUAAUAUGUUUGCAUUUUUUUCCUCUGACUACCUGAGUAUACAGUAAUCUUAAGAGGUGUAUAUAAGAAUAUGUUUAGAUACUUCUGGUUCAGAUUUUCUUUCCACACACACCUUUAGUGAAAGUUAGAGUAGUUGACUGAAAGAUGUAUGGAUAGAUGUCCCCUUUUGCCCAUUAAAAAUUAGAUUGGUGUUGGGACUUGAGCUUGUUUAUCUUUACUUUACCACACUGACAAUCCUGUUAUGUAAUAUUUGUGUUUGCCAAAACAGUUUGUUCAUCUCUGCUGUUUCUAUUUAUGUCCUGUCACUCAGACAGAUCUUUUAAAUUAUUAUAUGUUGAUUCCUGUAUCUAUUAGAUUUAAUUGUGAGCCUGGAGGAAAUGUGACGUUCAUGUGUGAGAAACUGUAAAUCUUGUAAAAUUGAUGUAUACCUGAAUGCUAUUUUCCCUUAAAUAAAGAAACCCUCUAUGUAAAA